AUGGCCGAAAGUAAAGCUGCAGCAGCAAGCAACUACCUUCAGCAAACAAAGAUUACUGAUGGUCUUCAGGAAGAUCUCACAAAGAUCCUCAAUGAGCGCCCAGAAGAUCCAUUUGGUGCCCUCUCCAAACUCUUAAAGAAGAGAGCUCUUCCACCAGUUAUCGAUCAUGUCAAGGGUCGUGAAGUUUUAGACUCUCGUGGAAAUCCAACAGUCGAAGUUGAUGUUUACGCUAAAUAUCUCGGCGAUGUUAUCUUCGCAGGCCGCUCAUCAUCUCCAUCUGGUGCCUCAACAGGUUCCGGCGAAGCUAUGGAACUUCGUGAUGGCGAUAACCGCUACAACGGCAAGGGCACAAAGAAGGCUGUCGCUAAUGUUGAUACAGCUAUUUCCGAAGCUUUAAGGGCAAGCCAUUCGACUCCCUUCAGGAACUCGAUAAUGCUCUUAUCGAAGCUGAUGCACAGAGCUCAAGACAAAGCUCGGCGGAAACGCUACAACAGCUACAUCUUUCGCUCUCGCUGA